CUCACCUUAACGGCAAAACCCCACAAACCCUAAACGCCGGAGAAGAGGAGAGGAGACAGAACGCGCGCUCGCCACCGCCAGCGUAAAAAUGCAGCUCCCCUGCAUCCUCCGGCGUGCCCUCUGCACGCCGCGGCCGCGCUACACACCCUUCCCCUUGCCCGCCUCCUCCAAAUCCCGCCCCUUCUCCUCCGCGUCCCCCGCCGACUCGCGCCAGGCGGCGCCAGCGCCGAUGAUGCCGACGCGGGCGUGGGGGGAGGCGCUCGGCGCCGCGCAGCGCGGCUUCUGCCUGCCGCUCGCGGGCCGUGUCCUCGCCGCCUCGGGUACCGGAAACGCCGCCGUGUCUCCCACGGCGGUCCACGCCGCGCUCGCCCUCGCGGCCGCCGGCGCGCGCGGCGCGACGCGGAGGCAGAUCCUCCAGGCGCUGUGCGGGGGAGGCGGGGGCGGCCGGGGCGCCGCGGCGGACGCGGCCAACUUAGCGUCGCGCGUGGUGAAGCGCGUGCUCAGGGACCGGUCCACGUCCAGCGGGCCACGGCUCGCGUUCGCUGGCGGCGUCUGGGCUGACGCCUCCGCCAAGCUAUCGCCGGAGUUCGUGGAGGCGGCCGGAAAUGUGUAUGGCUCCGCGGCGAAGGCGGCUGACUUCAAGAACAAGCCAGAAGACGCCGCUGAGCAAAUUAACUGGUGGGUCAAAGAGUCCACAAAAGGUACUGUUACAUCUCUCCUUUCGGAGGGAUCAAUUGACCAGAACACAGGUCUUGUUCUUGGCAGCGCACUGUAUUUUAGAGGAAGAUGGCUUGAUAAGGUUGAUAUAAGGACUGCUGUACAAAAGUUCUGCUCUCUGGAUGGAACAUGUGUUGAGGUCCCUUUUGUAGUAUAUGAUAGAACCCGACUUUUUGCUGUUCAUGAUGGAUUCAAAGUUAUUAAGCUUCCUUACCAACAAGGAAAAAAUGAACGGAAGUUCUCCAUGUACAUCUUCCUCCCUGAUGCUCAUGAUGGCCUGUUUGAACUAACCAAGAAAAUUUAUGCUGAACCGGCAUUCUUAGAACAACAUUUGCCUACAGAAAAGCGCCAUGUGGAUAUCAGGGUGCCAAAGUUCAGAAUAUCUUUCCAGAUCGAUGUGAAUGAUUUUCUCAAAGAAAUGGGGCUUGAAUUGCCUUUCCUCCGCGAUGCAGACUUCUCAAAUAUGGUUAAGGAAGAUAACUCCAGUGGGCCAUUGUUUCUGUCUGAUGUUGUUCAUAAAGCAAUUUUGGAGGUUAAUGAUAAAGGGUUUGAAGAAACUUCUGUGACAACGGGCAUAGGCAAGCCUUCACCUGUAGAGCACUUUGUUGCCAACCACCCCUUCUUCUUUUUCAUUAGGGAGGAGGUGUCUGGCACAGUGAUCUUCAUGGGGCAUGUACUCGACCCUUCAUCUCAGUCGUAACUUUAGGUUCUGGCUUCUAUCACAGCAUUGCAGGUUCAUUUUAUAUUCAAAGAUGACAUGAAGAAUAAGUUUGUCAUCCGCUCGGGUCACUGGUCCCUUUUUAAGUUGAUCAAAAGAGAAGAAUUUCCUUGCCAAGGUCAAAGGAAAAGGAAAGGCCAUCAUCACCUCACCACUUAGGAUUCUAGUUGUGCCAAGCACCACAAGGAACGGUAAUGAUCGAUAUGAGAAACAUGAGUAUCCCUGCUGACCGAAUAGGACACUAAAAGUUUGACAAAAGACUUCAGGGCGGAAAUGCCCCAUUUAGUGAUGUGGAAGUAAAUUCCAGAAGAAGCACACAGUUCUUUUAUUCGUGUCCCUUACGCUUGAUGCACAAGGAAAUGGUUGCUUUUUCAGUUUUGUCGAUGUCAGCACCCUACAGACAAUUUAAUCAGGGGUCGACCGUUU